AGAUGAAGUUCACUUUGAUCACCCUUGUGGCCUCACUCAGCGCUUCAGCUGUUCAUGGCUCUGCCGUCGGAUCAAGAUAUUUGGUGACUCGAGAGGCUGCUGGAGACCCUACCGGUGUCACUUCAGGAAACGGCACUAACGGAAGCCCAGAAGUGGAUCCUAUGUUGAACAACACGUCACUCACCCCAGAAAACUUGAAUGGAAGCUCAACGGGCAAUCUGACCGGACUGCCUACCCCCUCUACCAACGGCACUGACGGUGUUCCGGAAGUGGAACCUGUGUUGAACAACACCUCACUCUCGAAUGGGAGCUCCAUGGGCAAUUUAACUGGACCGCCUACUCUCUCUAGCAAUGGUACCGGUUCCGCAAACGCCAGUAUGGGCAUUCCACCACCACCACCACCACCUCCGUUUGGUCAUCCACCACACCCACCACACGGACCUUGUGGUCCCCCUCCACCACCACCUUCCGGUCCCCCUCCUCCACCACCGCCUUUCGGUCACCCUCCUCCACCACCUCCUUCCGGUCACCCUCCUCCACCACCACCUUGUGGCCCCCCACCACACUUGAAGGAUGACUCACCACCCCUUCCUCCGAACGCAAGUCCCGAUGAAAAAAUAAAAAGACUAGAGGCCAAGAUCGAGGAACAUAAGCGAAAGCUUGAAAACGCAGAAAGCAAAUUGGCACUCGAGAAGGAGAAACUCGCAAAGGCUGGCGGUGGUACCGAAACCAAUGGAACCAGCUCUACACCUGAUGUCUCUGGAACAGCAACAAACCUUACAUCACCGCUCACCACAGCAAGCAACUCUUCAGGAGUGAAUACUAUGCCAUUAGAGGAGUAGAGACAGAUCUUUACGUUUUUUGAUGCAACCUAUUCCCAUUUUUUGAUUGUUACAGUUGUUUUUUUUCCGAAGUUUCAUAUACUCGAAGUAUAUUUGUCUUUUUCAUCUUACUACUUGCAUCCUUUGUAGCUCCAAUGAACAUCUACAGUCUCGUUGUGAAUUCCUGUCGUUUCUCUCAUCGUGAAGUAGUGUGUCUUUGUAGUCUCAAAUCAAUUGUUUGAUGCCACUUUGAAAUGUCGAAUCAUUUAAGUCCACACAUC